GCGAACCCUAGCGUCACCUGUUUCCGGUUUUCCUUCAUUUCUCGUUGACUGUUACGGUGAGAAAGUAGAGAGCGCGAUCUACGAUGGCAGCAAACCCUAAGGUUUUCUUCGACAUGUCGAUCGGCGGAGCUCCGGCCGGCCGUAUCGUCAUGGAACUCUACAGCGACGUCACACCCCGUACGGCCGAGAACUUCCGAGCUCUCUGCACUGGCGAGAAGGGAGUCGGUCGUUCGGGCAAGCCCCUACACUACAAGGGUUCUUCCUUCCACCGAAUCAUUCCCGGGUUUAUGUGUCAGGGAGGAGAUUUCACCGCCGGGAACGGAACCGGCGGAGAGUCGAUCUACGGCUCCAAGUUCGCUGACGAGAACUUCAUCAGGAAGCACACUGGACCUGGUGUGCUUUCCAUGGCUAACGCCGGUCCUGGCACCAACGGAUCUCAGUUCUUCAUUUGUACUGCGAAAACCGAGUGGCUUGACGGGAAGCACGUCGUGUUCGGUAGGGUCGUCGAGGGGAUGGACGUCGUGAAGGCGCUUGAGAAGGUCGGAUCUUCUUCUGGGAGGACCUCCAAGCCUGUUGUGGUCGCUGAUUGUGGUCAGCUCUCUUGAAAAGGUCCUGAAUCGGCGAGUUUCGAAUAUAGCCUUAAUGGAUUAGGGUUUCUUUUCUGAUGUUUUCUUCCCUCUGUAGUGGUGAUGUUCGGAUUUCAUGGAUCAGGGCUCUCUCUGUAGAAACAAGCUAUCUUUUUAAAUAAGUCUUUCUAUCCUGCUUUUGGUAGUUUGUAGGAUUUAUGAAUUUAUGGUUUGCUCUACAGUUCUGCAAUGUUUCUUUCUAAUGAUUCAAAUAGAUGGAUCCAUGCCUCUGUUUUUAACU